AUGAGUGAAGCUGAAGAAAUUUUGAACAGGAUAAAGAACCACAAGGGUGUGAUAGGAAUUCUGGUAGUUAACAAUGAAGGAUUAAUUAUUAAAAGCACGUUUGAUAAACAACAAUCAGAUUUGCAUGCAUCUCUACUUACCCAGUUGUCUAACAAGGCCAGGGAUGUAAUAAGGGAACUAGACCCUCAGAACGAUAUAAAUUUCUUACGUUUACGAUCGAAGAAGCACGAGAUAAUGAUUGCACCAGAUAAGGAUUACACAUUGGUAGUAGUACAGGACCCAUAUGCUGACAAGGAGAAGUAG